AAUAGGUGAACUAGUUAACUCAACUAAGGAGGACUAAAACGAAAGAAAUAAAAAUAUAAUAUGCCUCAAGUCCCGCAACUUCAUAUAUCUUUUCCCAGCAACCCAACGGCUAGGUACGGGGUACCACCUCUACAACUCGUGGUACAACUUCAAAAAGCUUGAAUUCCUUAGUUUAUAUGGGCCCACUCACUCAUUCCAUAUAUUUUUGAAAUUCGCUUUGCUUUUUCCCUCGCUUUCCUCCUCCGCUUAUAAAUUUUGGGACUUAGGGUUUCCUUUUCUUCCACAUUCAGUAUGAGUACUUUGGACAUAUAUCAGUCCCAUCUCUACCCAUUCACCGCCGAUGCUGUCGCUUCCUAUGCUGAAUAUCGUGCUGGGUUGGAGAUUAAACAGAAGGAUAACCUUCAGAAAUUCAGUGGGAGUCCCUCACUUAAACUUAAGAGUUUGUCACCACAAGUCAGGAAGCGCGUGGAGGCUUUGAAAAACCUUCAGGGUCAACCUGCUGCGCUGAAAGCUUUAUUGUUGGAGGAGAAGGCUGUACUUAAAGCUGGUUAUGAGAAGCUGCAUGAAUCAUUGCACACGAAGAGUGAACGUGACACGCUUCAAGCUUUAUUUUUGAAGGAGAAGACUGUACUUGAAGCUAAAUAUGAGAAGCUGCAUGAAUCGUUGCACAUGAAGAGAUAUGAAAUAGUAAAUGGUGUUGUUGAAGUCAAAGGUGAUAAUAUGGAGACAGGAGAUGAGAAAGGUGUUCCAAACUUCUGGUUGACUGCAUUGAAGUCCUAUGCGAAACGUGAAGAGGAGAUCUACAUCUCAAAGCAGGAUGUAGAAGCUUUAAAAUUCCUCUAGGAUAUUAAGUGGUGCAGGGUCGAUCAUCCAAAGGGUAUUAAGCUUGAUUUCUUCUUUGAUACAAACCCCUUUUUCAAGAAUUCUGUAUUGACAAAGACCUGUCACAAAAGGGUAAAUAUGGCUAUGGCAAAAGACGUAACAUGGACGGAUAUUGAAUGGUUUCCAGGAGAAUGCUUGACAAAGAAGAUUGUAGAAUGCAAUCCAAAUAAGAGAUUAAUAACUGCUAAACCAAUGAUCAGAACUGUGGAUUGUCAAAGUUUUUUCAAACAGCCACCGGUCACAGAACUCCCGUAUAUGCAAGCAGAUUAUGAAGAUUAUGAAAUUGGCUCAAUAAUUCGGGACAAAAUAAUCCCUAGCACGCAGUAUUGUGGUUUACUGGUGAAGCUGAAGAGGACGACUCUAUAUAUAUGCAAUUUGAUAUGGAAGCAUAUGAGUAUGCAUGUAGGUUUAUGGUGGAUGGUAUUGGAUCGUACGAGGAUACAGAUAUGUAUAUGGAAUGUGAUAUUCCUAGACAUGUGAAGAAGCUUGACAAUAUUGAAGAUGAUGAUGAUAAUGAAGACGAUGACGAGGAAGAAGAUGACGAUGACGAUGACGAUGAUGAAUAUGCCUAGGAUUAUGAUGGGAAAAGAGAAGAGGAGGAGAAGCCUGAAAAGAAGAUUCAGGGGCAGCAUCGGAGUCCAGUGACGAGAGGAAUUGGUGUGGCAGCAGCCGCAGCUACUGGUGGCACUGCCACCACAGCUGUCCCAGGUGGUGUUGCAAACCAGUUCAAGCCUACGUCUCUGUACAUAGGAGACUUGGACAUCAACGUGACACAUACACAACUGCACCAGCUGCUUAACCAAGCGGGUCAGGUUAUAUCAGUUAGGAUUUGUAGGGACUUUAGCACUCGGAGAUCCCUUGGCUAUGGCUUCAUCAACUACAGCAACCCUCAGGAUGCUGCAAGGGCAAUGGAGAUGUUAGAUUUCACUCCUGUUAAUGGAAAGUCCAUUAGGGUGAAGCGCUCUCAUAGGGAUCCUAAUUCUCCUAAGAAUAGAAGAGCUAAUCUAUUUAUCAGGAAUUUGGACAAGUCAAUUGAAAUCGAAGCUUUACAUGACACCUUUUCAAACUUUGGCUACAUUUGUUCUUGCAAGAUAGUUACUGAUUCUAAUGGCCAGUCGAAGGGUUAUGGUUUUUACAAUUUGACAAUGAUGAAUCCGCUCAAAGUUGCCAUAGAUAAGUCAAAUGGUGUGCUCAUCAAUGGUAGGCAAGUGUAUGUUGCACAUGCUCUUUGCAAAGAGAAGAGUGGCAUAGGCACAAGCUGGGGAAGGACAAUGGAGUGGUGAACGUCCUCCAGUGCGCAGGCAAUAGUAAUUUGUGGUGGUUGCCCACUAGGCUAAAAGCUAUGGGGAAGGACCAAUCUUGAAACCCUUGGUUGAUAAAUUUGUCUUCGCCUCAUUUUGGUAUGUUCAUCUUUCCUUUUUGUCUAUUCCUUUUGUUGGCAGUGAUUUUGUGAUCUCUCAGGGUUAUCUUUGUUGCCUGUUGUCAGUGUUUUGUUAUCAUGAUAUGUUUGGCUUUCUUCCCCGCCUUUUCUAUCGCCCUCCUCUCUACCGCCCUAUGUAGUUUGUUACAGCUAUCAUUGUCUAUUGUGAAGGUUAAUAGAUGAUCCAAUUUUGUAUCUA